AUGACUGAGAGAAUUCUUCUUGAAAACGCUGCCUCUGAGGUUAUCAGCAUUCUGAAAGGCAUCCCGGAAUUUACUCAUGCUCGAGUCGCCGUGAUUGGCGGGUUAGCGCUGUGGAAGUAUGUUCCUACUGGCAGGACCACUGAAGACGUCGACUUCAUUAUCAACAUCGACAGUGCUCCGCAUGGGAUUAAACAGAAGUUGCUUUCUCUUCCAAACUCUCCAUUCGUUCAACAGGCACAGUUCUUCUAUUACAAGCAAGGAACAACUUUGGUGCAAGUUGAUAUCACUCCCGGAUGGCAGUCCCCUUACAUGCCGGCUGCCGCCACAGAAAUCGGGAGGAUACCUCAUGGUUCUGUUCCAUAUAUAUCACCUACGGACCUUAUUGUCUUCAAGAUCAACUCUUGCGGCUUGAGGGCUCAGGUGAACAAGAAACGUACCGAUGCUUUGGAUGCGGUGACGUUGCUGGAACUCGAGACCAGAAAAGGGCCGUUGACUCUCAACAGCGCCCAAAGAACCGUUGUGGAGCAAUGUAUUGCAGACGUUGUGGCACACGGCCCCAAAAACGCUCAAUGGUGGAAGCAGCGUCUCGGUUUGCGUUGA